AUGUCUUACCAAGGAUCACCAUAUUCUGGCCCGGGGGACGAAUAUGACUUCGAGGACGACGGGUACGAUGAUCUGGACGAAUACAGGGACAGAGAAGAUGUGCUACCAGCUCAACCUCCCGUGGAAGAUAGUGAUGAAGAUACAGAAGAAGCCAGCGAAACAGAUAUACCAAACAAUGAUGAACCAGUAGAAGUUAAGGAACAGUUAUACCAAGACAAACUAGCAAGCCUAAAGAAGCAGUUGCAGCAAUUAGAAGACGGUGUGCAUCCCGAGUUUCUGCGGAGAGUGAAAAGGCUAGAGCAUCAGCUUAAUGAGAGGCUCAGAUUAAAUAAAAUACACAGGGAACACAUGUAUGAUGUUGUAGAAAGAGAAUAUAUAGCAGAAAAGAAGGCUGCAGCAAAAGAGUUUGAGGACAAGAAGAUAGAGUUGAGAGAGAAUUUGCUAACUGAUUUUGAGGACAAGAGGAAGUUAAUUGAAAAUGAGAGACAACAUAUGGAGCUCAAUGGAGAUUCUAUGGAGGUGAAGCCGGUGAUGAAGCGCAUCCUUCGGCGGCGCGCCAACGAGCCGGCGCCGGCGCCCGAGAAGCGGCGCAAGCCCAUCACCAACACGCUGACGUUCCAGCUGGACGAGCGCGACAUCGAGGCCGACCUCCGCGCCAUCGCUCGCCACUCGCCCCCCCCGCGCCACCACGCGCCCCAGGCCAACCCUCCACCACGGAAGCACAUCAACUCCACUCCACGUGAAUCUCCAGUGAGAGAAAGCGGAGAGACUACGGAGACUCGAGUGGAAGACGGUAAACUCCUGUACGAGAGACGGUGGUACCACCGCGGCCAGAGUGUCUCAGUUGAGGGCCGGGACCUGCCCAAAUUUCCCGGGCACAUACACGCCAUCACUGAUGAGGCGAUAUGGGUUAAGAAAACGAACUUAGAACGUGUACGGAUAUACAUAUCGCAGUUAGCUCGCGGCAAAGUGACGUUAAAGAGACGAGCAUCGUAA